AUGAACUUCACUGCUAAGGAAGAAGCGUGGGCAUUAUGCUUUCAUAUUCAGAUAUUUACCGUGAAUCCUCAGCUGUUUGUAAUCCAGGAAGUGGUUCCACCAGGGAGCCCUGGACCGAUCACUCGGCAUGAGUCCUACGACAGCUUAGCAUCCGACCACAGUGGGCAAGAGGAUGAAGAGUGGCUGUCACAGGUCGAAAUAGUGACUCACACCGGGCCUCAUCGACGCCUAUGGAUGGGCCCACAGUUCCAGUUCAAAACAAUCCAUCCCUCGGGCCAAACUACCGUCAUUUCAUCCAGCUCUUCAGUGCUGCAGUCGCAUGGUCCGAGUGAUACCCCACAGCCCCUUCUGGACUUUGAUACAGAUGAUCUUGAUCUCAACAGUCUCAGGAUUCAACCAGUUCGUUCAGAACCUGUUAGCAUGCCGGGGUCAUCACGUCCAGUUUCUGAUCGCAGAGGAGUUUCAACAGUGAUUGAUGCUACCUCAGGUGCCUUCGACCGGAGCGUGACCUUGCUGGAGGUGUGCGGGAGCUGGCCCGAGAACUUCGGUCUCCGUCACAUGUCCUCCAUGGAGCACACUGAAGAGGGUCUUCGGGAGCGCCUGGCUGACGCGAUGUGCGAAUCUCCCAGCAGGGACAUAGUGGGAUCAGGAACAGGUACAAAGAAGAGUUGCCUUCGUGUAUUGCUGAGGGCCUUGAGCCGCUCUGAGCCCUCCCUGCUCCUGGAGAAGGCUCAGGGGCUCUCCCAUCAGAGCUCGUCCCCCGGCUUUGCAGAUGGCCGUAAAAAGUUCUCUCCUGCUCAGAUGAUACCUGGAAAACGGCACUUGCCCAGGGAGUUGGACGAGCACUUGCCCCACCGUGCGUGGCUGCUCCGGCAGCAGGCUGCCAGCCAGGCAUUUGUCAAGCUGUGGAGCACGACUCUCUCUGUGGCUGUCCCCUGUUUCCGUGCCGUAGGAGUUCAGUAUGCAGAAGCCCGGGAGACAGAAGCCCUUGCGUUCUCUGCCCGUUCCCUCUGGGCUGGGGACAGUGUCUGCAGCCGUGAUGCUGAUGUGGGUUCUUCCUACGGAGCCGAUGGUGUUGUGAAAGACAAAGGGUCAGUAUCACUUCUCCGACUGUUUCCAAAGAUGUUUUUCUGGGAAGGCCGCAGGCAGGAAGGUGCCAGCAGGGUCAGCAGCCGGGACCUGCCCCGUUCCCUCCGCUCCGGCUCGGUGGCACGGCGUGGCAGCGAGGAGCCGUGGGUGGCUGGAGAUGGCGAGCACACACAGAACCCUGGUCGAG